GAGAGUGGACAUUACCACCUAGGUCUGGGGGAAAGAAAUCCACCCGACUAGUAAUUAAUAAGAGAAUGUCGUCCAAUGCAGCGUUCUUAUGAUGUUUGAAACGUUGAUAUUAGCGACUGUUCAUUUUUAUAAUAUUCGUUAGAUUAUUACCAUUUCUAAUGUUCCUAUAGUUCCAGCACUUGAACGCUCCCGUCAUCGUCAACUCAGUCAGGGCUUCCCUUUUCCCGCACGCAGCGAAAGGUGUAAUGAAAAAAACGACCGGCCAUUUUGUAGGCUGUAGUUUUUGCGUGGAGCUCCGUGUGUACGACUUAGCAUUCAUUUUCAACCGUGUUUUCGUGGAGUAAAGACCCACAGUCGGCUAAAAAUGUCGAAAUUACAGACGUUGCGUGUAUUUCUGAAUGAUCGUUUGACUGCAGCUGCUUUAGAGAUUUUCGGUGCAGUUGAAAAGACGGUUGUGGAGUACCAGAAGGAGAACGAUCGCCUACGGAAACAACUUCUCAUCACACCGGAGAUACCAGACCUAUGUAGAAUAGAACCCCUGGAACUCUCUCCUGCUGUUUUGGAAGUUGUUCCAGUGGAGCAGCAGAACUAUGAGCAGGAGUGGAGCCCCAGUCUGGAGCUGGAGAACCCAGAACACCCACAGAUUAAAGAGGAACAGCAGGAACUCUGGACCAGCCAGCAGGAAGAGCAGCUUCAAGGCCUGGAGGCAGAUGUUCUACAGUUUAAAGUCACUCCUUCCUGUGUGAAAAGUGACUUUGAUCACGAGAACCCUUUUGGGUCCAUGACAUUUGCUCAAAGCCAGAAUGUGGAGGACAGAGAGAGGGACUCUAAACCGGUGGAUCUCAAACAUUUUGACGCUGUGGUCCACCUCAGUGGGUCGGACAUCUCCGGUGACCCUCCUCCAGAUCGUCAGAAUGACGCCACCACCCAGAGCUCAGCAGUAACCGUGGGCCUAGAAGGACUCUACAGCACCCCCUGGCACCCCAACCCCCCAAUGGGGGAACACUAUACCCAACCCAGUACCUCGCCUUUCAAAACCCACUGCUGCCGUGACUGUGGUGAGUCGUUCGCUCUGACCUCUGACCUGCAGAGGCAUGUGACUCUCUCCAGGUUUAGAGUCAGUGAAUGUAGCUUCUGCAAGCAGCAGUUCAAAUCCACCUGUAAACUGAAGGCCCAUGUCCAACUCUGUCACAUACAGAAACUCUGCUCCUGCCCUUUCUGUGGCAAGACCUUCAAAUGCAAAGGGGUUCUGUCCAGGCACAUGAGGAUUCACACAGGAGAAAAACCAUUUAGCUGCAGUGAAUGUGGGAAAAGCUUCAAUCACUCGCAGAUCCUAAAGCAGCAUAAACUGACUCACACAGGAGAGAAACCGUUUCGCUGUAGUGACUGUGGGAAAAGCUUCAAUCGCAAGGAGAACCUAACCAUGCACAUACGGACUCACACAGGCGAGAAACCCUUUUGCUGUGGUAUCUGUGGGAAAAGCUUCAAUGUAAAGGGGAACCUCACUGCCCAUAAACUGACUCACACAAGAGACAAACCACAUGGCUGUUCAUUUUGCGGUAAAACAUUCAUUCGUAAGGAUCAUCUACUGAGACAUGUGAAUAACUGCCACAGGACAAAAUAUGACAGACAGUUUGGAAAUAUAUCUGCAGUGCAGCGAUGAACCUGUUUCCAAAAUGUAUGACUCCACCCACAUGUAUGACUCCACCCACAUGUAUGACUCCACCCACAUGUAUGACUCCACCCACAUGUAUGACUCCACCCACAUGUACAGCUCCAACCACAAAUAGCCAAUUAACAAAAACCUGCUCACUUUUUUCCCCCACUGACAACCUUUUUGGCCAGCAUCCACAUUUACAAUCAACUCUGGUCCAGCUACAAACUUAAAUUACUGAUCACUGGUCAUCACACUUGCUCAUUAAUAUUUCCAAGACAUGAAAUAUGAAACCAUGAAUGUAUGAUGAACGGUUCACAAGUAAAUACAAUCAAUUAGCAUUAGCAAAAGGCUGGCACUGCAUGGUAAGGAUUCAUAUUCAGUUUCCCCAUAUUAUACCGAGGUUACCGUAACAUUAUUGUCAACAUCACUGAUCGGCUUCAAGGCCACAUUACUUUUAAAUACAAACUUAGAAGCAUUUCAAUUUUGGCCUGCAUAUUUUUUUUUUGCAUUGAUGAGCCUUUUUUUUUUUUUUACCAUUUUGGAAGGCAUUGCAUAGCUUUGAUUACCCUAUUGUUACACAUUCAUCAUGGGCCCAAAUAUAAAUUCUCAAGUCAGUAGGGCUAAAGGUUUAUGAGGAAUUAAUAAAAGAAAAUUAAAUGGUGGAAAAUUCAGCUUUGUGGACUUUAUAUGCUCUUGAGGUAAAUGUGUUUGUCAUGAUUAGAGUGUGUUUAUCAGGACUGUACUUUAAAAGUGGGGGCACAUGUUAAAAAUCAUACUUAUUUCCGUGCUAUCUAGCAUUCAGGACAAAUUACAAAUGGCUUAUAGCUGAAAAAUUUAAGUAACGAAAUUGUCGAUACUAUGCGUUCUGGAUAAAUAGAUGUGAUGGGAUUCCAUUUGGAAAACUUUGUAAAUAAAGCUUGAUUUGAAUGAUGA